AAACCAAGUUAACGACAUAAACCUCGUUUUGUUCUGCCGCCUCACGCAGGAUCGUGAAUUCGUGAUUUUUUCCGAAAACCCUGGUCUUUGAGAUUCACCAGCAAAAACUUGAAGUGAAGUGAAGCCAUUGCAUUGCUGCGUUGAUAAUGGGUAAGAAAACAAAAGGGUCAAGGAAGGGUAAGAAGGCGUGGAGGGCUAACAUCAGCACCGAAGAGAUAGAAGAUUUCUUCGAGAAAUCAACGAAGGACGCUCUUUCUGGUGGCUCUCUUCAAGCCCUUUCCAGUGAUUCCCUCUUUUAUGAAGACAAGUCCAAAGAUCUUGCGGUGAAGAAGAAGAUCGAGAAGCACAGGGAGAGAGUAUUGCACUAUGAUAGCCUGCUACAGAAGAACCAGUUUGUUAAGCCAGUCCCAUCUUCUAUUCUGAAAAAGUGUUCUAAAAACCGGAAAACUGUCUCUAAUGUGAAAGUGGUCAAUCAAGAUGAUAAUAAGGAGGAUUCUACCAUGUUUGAUCUAUGGAAUGAUAAAGAUGAGGAUAACAAGCAAGUGAAAAAGCUAUCAAAGGCUACUCUCAUUCCAGCAGUAGAGGUUGAUCCUCCAGGAUGCUCUUUCAAUCCCUCGUAUGAAAGUCACCAGGAUACAUUAGCUUCUGCUGUUGCAGAAGAAAUGCAAAAAGUCUACAAAAAGGAAUUGGGCCCAGAACCUGUGCCAUUAACUGUUCCUGGUGAAGCUAUUGCUGAAGAAGAUAUGUAUUUUCUUGAUGUGGAUGAUGGGAAUGACGAUGAUGAUAGUAAUCUUGAAGAUGACGAUGAAAAUGAAGAUGCUGGAUCAGAGAAAAAGCCUAUUAAAAAAAAGAGAGUGACUAAAGUUGAGUUGAAUAAGAGAGCUAGGCGGAAAGAACAACUGAAAAAAGAAGCAGAAGCUAAGAAGAUAAAGGAAUUGUCAAAGGAAAUUGAUAGCAUACCUGACAUUAUUCAGGAAAUUGAGCAAGAAGAGGAGGAAAAGAAGAAAAGACAUCUUAGGCGAAAAGUUGCCAAACAGGAAAUGUUAAAGACACGCCCACCACGCAUAGGAAAGCACAAGUUUGAGCCUGCACCUGUUCAAGUUUUAUUAAGUGAAGAAAUUACUGGAUCAAUUCGGAAGCUGAAGGGCUGCUGCACCCUUAUGAAGGAUCGAUAUAAAAGCCUAGAGAAGAGAGGAUUGAUUCUUCCAUCAAAAAGAAGGAAUUAGAAUUCCCAGUAUCAGCUACAUCUUGUGUCACUCCAAAAGUUCUAAGGAAGAUCAUGUUUGGCUUAAUUUUGACAAAUUUUCUGUAUUCUUUUUAUAACAAUUUAAUUUAGAAAGUGAAAUGCCUACAUGUAUUACAACAAACUUAAUUAUGCAUGUUAUAAUAUUAGUAAAGAAUUUCUUCA